AUUUAUUAUGACACAAUUAUAUGGAUACUUAACUGACAUCCUGUUUAUGUGGAAAUCUUAACUUAAAUCUUGCUUCAAUGUUUUAUACUUCCCACUAAAAAACUGCGAACUAUGUGAAAAUGGGCGAAACCUUAAGCAAGAAGUGGAGACAUGAUCCAGCAUACCAUGAAGCAACAGAAACCUUGACGAGAUCAAACGAAAAUACUCAACAAUUCGUUAAUAAAAUCUUAACUGAAUCGAACAAAUUAGAAGCCAAAAAUAAAGAGCUAGAGAAAGAAAUAGCCAAACUCAAAGCAUCUAUUGAAUUAAAGAAAACUCCAUCAAGAGACAAGCUAAAUCCAGCAUCUUCAGAGGAAAAACCACAACUGACAAGAGCCCAGCUUAAUCGAGGACAAUCGGAGGACCUAAUACUGGCAGGAAGAGACAAGCGGAAUCGAGGUCAUUCGGAGGAACAACUACUAGCCAGAAGAGCCAUGAUGAAUCGAGGACUUUCGCAAGAAGGACAAUUACUGGAAGGAUGCCUUAUUGAACAGCAUAAUUUAACCGGGGACAACGAAACGCUGAAGCAAGAAAAUAACAAAUUAAGAAAAGAGAUCAAAGUGUUGUCAGAUGAAAAAGAAAUUGCCCUUUCAAGGUUAAGCAAACUAGCAGGUAUUCAACUUACCAAAGGAAACAGCGACAUCACUGAUUUGAGUGACUCAAACAGACCAACAAAACUAUCUGAAAAAUGGUCCAGUCUAUAUACUGAUGAAUGGUCCGAUGCAUUUGAUGAACUAUUUAAAAUCAAGAAAACAAACGAUAACUUCAGAAUAGAAAAGGAGCUCUGCGAUAUUGUAAAGAAAUGUUAUAUAACAUGUGUAAAGAUUGGAGAGAAACAGAUGGUGGACAUUAAAAAACAUACAUGGGAUAUUGCCUGCUGUUUACAUCAUCGACCCGAUCAAUUAGUGGAAGCAGCACAAACAACCAUGUUUAACAAAAUGGUAAAAGAAGAAAAGGUUGAUAAAAAGGCUGCUACAAUGGUGAUUAAUCAUAGGAACAAUGGGGGAGAUAUGACAAGGCUACUUGUAAUACAGAAAUGUAUGGAGGAGUUGGUUGAUAUUGUACAUGAACGAAGGAAGUAUGAUAAGAAAUUAUCAGAAUACGUUAAACAGGAAACUAUGCGACAGUUUGAACAUUACAGAAAACCAGGUUCGAAAAACCACGUCAUAACAUUUGUUGAGCGCUGCACAGAUCUAUGCUGGAGCAUGGUAAUCAAAGCGCCUUCCAUGGUUCUGGUUUAUGACCAACCGGAAGGUCGGCCGAUCGACAAAAACAUGUUUACAGUAUAUACCAAACAGGGGCCACUCAUUGACUUUGUGGUAUGGCCAGCCUUGAUUUUGCGCACUGAUGGUCCAAUUCUUGCGAAAGGCGCUGCACAGGGAAAAGGGGGUGAACCAAAUAGAUACAUGGGAACGAAAAUAGGAUCUGAAUCGAUAGGCAAUUCAACAUGGACAGUUACCAAAACAGCAGAAUCAGUCAACGUAGAAAAUGAGACAUCAAGAGUAAAUUGGAAUAAUAUAAAAUAGCAUUGUAAUGACAUGUGGAUUUAAAUAUGCAUAAUGGAUUAUUCAUCAGAAGGGAAUAGCCGGCAUAUAAGACUGUUCGAAAUUUGAAUUUCAAACACUGCUUCUCCGCUGCGCGCAUAGCGUACUUCGGUCAAUGCUUAAACCGUGUAACAAAUAAAAUUAUAAAAACAAUCAUUAAAUUCUUAAGUUAAAAUCAGAAUACUUUUUGAACUGUACAGUAUAAAUAUUGAAUUUAUUGUCUAUA